CGAUCUCCUUGGUUUCGACCAACUGCGCAUGCGCAGACGAUAUUUAACCAUCAUGGCGUCGUCGUUACCAAACAUAUGAGCUGAUUUUCGGCGUUUAAAAAGCCUUUAAAUAUAUAAACACAGAUUAUAACAUGCACAGUGACAAGAAAUUAACCAAGGAAGACACAUGGAGACCAGCUGACCUGAGGAGACACAUCAGGGAGGAAGGACAUAGUGAUGACGUAAGGAGGCGAGAUGACAAUGAGAGGAAGCACCGUGGUGGGGAAUCCAUAGAGAGACGCCGCAGGGACCCAGAGAAGGAGUCCAGACGAGAGAGGGACAAACCCAGGGAGAGUACAAGGGAGAGGAGAGAUGAAGAUGAAAGAGACAGACAUGCAGAUCGGCGGAAAGAGGGUUCACGGGAUAGGAGAAGUGACAAGGACAGGGACAGAAGAGAUGACAGGGACAAGGAGAAGAAAAGGGAAAGAGACAAGUUGGUAGAUGGGAAGAGGUACGAUGAUGAUUACAAGAGGAGAGAAUGGGAGCAUGAAAGGGAGAGGGACACAGAAAGACACAGAGAUAAGGAGAAAGAGAGGGAAAGGGACGGAGAGAGACGCAAUGAGGAGGACAGGGACAAAAGGCGGGAAGAGAGAGACAGGGAAAGACGGAGAGAAGGACGGGACAGAGAGCACAAGGCUGAGAAGGAGAGACGGAGAGGUGGAGAGGGAGAAAGAGAUCGGAUGGAAAGGCACGAAAGAGAGAAGAGGGAUCGAGAGAAAGAGCGACACAAAGAUGAAUAUGAAGACAAGAGGAAUGACAAGGAAAGACGAGAGAGACAUGGAGACGGGAAGAUUUUGGAAGCGAAGGAGGAAAGAGAGCACAAAGAGGAACAGAAAAGACACAAAGAGGAGAGAGAAAGAAGACACAAAGAGAGAGGACAUCAUGAUGAAAAGCGGAGGCACGACAUCGAAUCCAGAGAGCAUCGGGACACAAAGGGGUCAGGCGAAGAGGUCAGGCGUCACCAUGGUGACAGAGAGCGAGCAGAACGGGACAAACACAGAGAGAGAAGGCACAUAGAGGAGGAGGAACAGGAAAGAAAUCAUCACAGAGACAGGACCAUCUCCAAGAAAUCUGACAAAAGUCAUAAGCAUGAGACUAAAACUGAGGAUGUAGCAAUGGUACCUGAGCACCAGAGUAUGACAGAUGUAGGAAGCACAGAGGAGCCUGUUGCCAAUGAUGAAGAUUUGGCUGACCAGGAAUACGAAGAUGACUUUGAGGAUUAUGAGGAGGAUUUUGAGGAGAUGGACGAGAGCGCGAAUGAAGGUGAAGACGAGAAGGAGCCACAGCAUCCAGAGGCGGGUAAAGAAGAGAGGGAGGAAGUGACAUCGCAAAGGAGGAAGGAAAUCGAAGCGAUUCAGAGAGCCAUGGAUGAAGAGAACGAGAGAGUCGGAACAGCUCAGUCCAGACAAACUACGAGCACAGAGGAGGAAGAGAGGCCCAAAUGGUCCAGAGGAUCAGAAAAGAACCAGAGUAGAGCCUCCCAACGUGGGAAGUUUAUCGACUUUGUGGCCGCAAAACAGCGUGAAGUCAGCAAGAAGGUCGCCACAAAACAGAAGAAACGCAGUACAGAGCUUCUUCGCUUAAUUGAUCUGGAUUUCUCAAUGACAGUCUCCCUGUUGGAUCUGCCACCGGUGAAUGAAUAUGACAUGUAUAUCAGGACCUUUGGAACUGAAAACACUAAACAGGCUUAUGUUCAGUGUAAUGAGGAUAAUGCAGACAGAGACAUCCAGACAGACGAGAUCGAGGUGUGUGAGAAGUGGACGCAGCAUCCUCCGGAGCACAACGGAGCCUGUGGGGAUCCAAACCAUUCCCAGGAGGCACGAGACAAAAGUGAAAUAAACUUCGAUUCACAGCGUCUGACAGCGUUCCUGCGCUCAGCCUCACAGGUCAUGGUUGUUCUGUUGGAAGAGGAUCGAGCUGAGAGAAAAUCCCUGAGGAAGCUGAGGUCUCAAACAGACACGCUGUCUUUCAGCGAUGGGAGUUUACAGCUCAACACUAAGUUGCCUUUUCUUUAUGAUCGCCCCAUCAGCCUGGUGCACUUCUCUCAGGUCCAGAGGCACACCAUGAUGUCAGUCCACAGCCCGACGACUAAGCCCAGCGCUGUGCGUCUAGACAGCUUCACCCUCAUCUGCAUCUGGAACAUCUGGGAGCCGUCCAGACCUCAAAGAGUCCUCGUCUACGAAUCUGAGGUGCAGUGCUGCUGCUUCAGCCCUGGGAAGGCCAUAUUGGUGUUUGCAGGCACAUCGGUUGGCUCUGUGUUGCUGUGGGACCUGAGGGAGCAUGCUAGUGACCAUUACCGCCUGAAGAUAGGGGAGGAUGAGUGGACUUUCCGGCAGCCGACCUUCUCCACUGAUGCAGUGAUGUCCGGGUCGGGCCAUUUCUCGUCUGUGACGUCUGUAGAAGUCGUCCCCUCCGCUGUAGCGGGGGGGCCGAGGCCAGAGGUCCCCCUGUUGGCAUCUGAGGAAGAGUCGUCAGGAUUGUCAUUCCAGCUGGCUUCUCUGGAUGAAAUCGGGGUUUUAAAUUUCUGGGUGGUAGUGGAGCUCCCAAAAGCCAACGAGGCAGGCUCUCCAACAGAUCUAGGGCUCAGGCCCGGCGGCAAAGUGAAGUUACUUCACAGCUCUCAUCUUCUCACUGCUGAGAGGGUAUCAUCACGAGAUGCAGCGAAAACAGGGCCGUUACAGACGCUGCAUUUAAAGUUCCUUCCAACAGACUCCAAUCAUUUCUUUAUCGGCACCAAUAUGGGUCUGGUCAAUCAUGAAACGAGUCACGGUUUGAAGGCUCCACCAAAGUUUUACAGGUUUCAGGAGGCCGGAGUCCGACCUGUUGAUGUCACCUCAAUCCACUUUUCUCCCUUCAGGCCACAGUUGUUCUUGGUGGGCUGUGGGGACGGCAGCAUCAGGCUGCAUGCAGUCAGCCAUGAGCAUCCUGUGGCGGAGUGGAGGAACGGUACCGCCGGGGAACCGGUGGUCUCACUUCAGUGGACCCAAACCAGACCAGCAGUGUUCUGUGUGCUCGACGCCGCCUCGAACCUCCACAUAUGGGACCUGCUGAAGAAUGACACAGAGCCCGUGGUCACCGAACGGAUGGACUCUGACAGGGUGACAGCCAUGGCUGUGUUUGGAGACUCAGGACAACAAAACACAUAUUCAGGAGUAGCACUGGCACACAAGUCGGGGAAGAUAGAAAUGCAGUAUUUCACAAGACAUUUUACUGCGCCCAUUACUGCAGAAGAGGAGAAGUUGGAGAGUAUGAUGACGGAAGCCUUCUGAAACACCUCGAAGCAUCUUGUAUUGCUGCAUUAACUGCAUUUUAAAACUCUGGAAGAGCAUAAAGAUCAAUUUAUACAUCUGUUUUUCUUACACUUUGUAUCUCUGUCAUAUUUAUAUUUGAUGUGUUUGUUAGUAGAUAUUUUUACAUGAACAUAACUAUGAGAAGAAUGUGGCUGAUGAUACCAAAGAUCCUUUACAGGGGCCUCAGUAUCAUUUAAUAUCUUCCAUAAAUACAUUAUAAGAAACACGUGAUGUAAAUGUUUGUUGAUGUAAAUACAGUUUGAUUAAUGUAAAAUAUUUGUAUGUAUUAACAACUUUAAUUUUAUACAAUAAACUGACUAUAUCUGAA